CGGUACUCCACGCAGCAUUGCCUCGUGGGGUAUUGGCAUUUGAGUGCCUCCGAAACGUCUCUUCAUACUCACAAAAAGUCCACACCGCAGACAGCUUCACCCAAACCCCAAACCGACUGCAGACAAAAGACAACGCCCGCUCCUCUACCCUCUCUAGAGAAUGGAGCCUUUGCAUGACGACGUCUUGCUGAUGGUCUUGGAGUAUGUCGAUGUAAAGGACCUCCUCGCCUGCCGCCUCGUCUGCAAGAGGCUAGCAGAGCUCGCCCUGCACCCCCAACCGUGGCGGCAUCGACUGCUCCGCGUACAUAGCAUAUUAGUGGGCGACGCUGAAGCCCGUUUGACGUGCCCGGCCCUGCGAUUGGCCCCCUGUGCGCGCAGGCUGGUCCUCCAGCUCCCAUCGAAGAAGUGUCAGUUGCCGUACACAUCGACCAGAUGUGCCGUUUCCCAUUUGAUGCUGGAGUUGAACAACAUCACUGUCUGCAAGCAGGCCGCUUUCGUUAUCCGUAACCAAUUGGCACUUGGCCGGCUAAGAGAACUUAACAUUUGGUAUCCACCUGGACGGUUGAUUAUGAUUGAGGAAAAUGCUUCAACUGAAUCGCCUCAGAUUAAAUUUGGACUGUCCCUUCUGAUUCAUACGCUGGCCGAAGCGUCCGGACUGAAGAAGCUUGCAGUUGGCAGUUUCCCGGACAGGAUGUUCGAUGUACACAGCACCGUGCCCAUAACAUCAUCCCUGAAACACUUCCGCUGUGAACUUCGGCCAAAGUGGCAGCCCUUUGUCGACUUCGUUUUGGCCGGGCACUCCGCCACCCUAGAAGUGGUCAACCUGAAUGGCUGUUGGGAGAACUCGGUAUCGAAGUCUACCUCCACGGCGCGCCUCCUGGCCGCGAUGGCGAACCUUCGCGAGCUCAGCUGCCCCGCCGUGCUCGACGGGAUUGAGCUCGUGGCAAAGUGCAGUUCCCUGAGAAAGGUGACCCUUCACAUCAGAUCCAACAAGCCGUCUGACCUGGUCGCGGGGGCCCGCAAGUUCCUCCGCCGCGCCACCCAGUUGCGCGAGGUGUCGCUGGAAUACCAUCCCGGGGCCACCAGCCGCGAUGAUCCCGCCGUAGGCCUGAUCCGCGACCUGGCCUGGUCAGGACGCUCCCGCGUGGAGUCGCUGGCCAUCGAAAACGGUUGGAGGAGUAGGAAGGAGAGGAAGGACACGGAUGACAACUUCCCGCAGGAGCAGUCGCUCCUGAGAGCACUCCCCGCGCUGCCCGCACUGGAGCACUUGCACCUGCAGUCUCAGGCGCCGCCCCAGCUGCUGCUGGCCCUCGGCCCCGACACGACCCCGGCCUUGCGGACCCUCGAGCUGGGUGUGUAUGCCAUGGGGUUCGACGUGCAGCACCACUGCCUCCAUUCCUGGUUGCACGACAAUAUCAUAGCCGACGACCUUCUCAAGGUGCACCCCUCGAUCAAGCUCAUUCCUCCACCCUUUGAAUACUACUGCUCUGUUCCAAAAGAUUGUACUUGGUGUAAAUCAGGUUGCCACCAAGAGCUCUCGGGGAAUGACAGGCCGCUUUUCCGAGAUGCUUUGUUGAAAGUCUGCUCCUAACUAUGCCAUGUGUUUU